AUGUCGAAUCCGAGUCCAACGAUGCAUCGAUCGAUGUUUGUUCCAUAUCCAUCAAAACCCGCAGUACCUACAACAUUGCCACCAAGUAAUCCGAUGAGUAGUCCGAUUGGUGGUGGAGCGAGGUACCAAGGGAUCGGUGGUGGAGCGACGAGUGCCACAACGACCCCUAUCUACUCGCCGUAUUCUCCAAAUUCGGCUCAAAGAAUGGUGAAAGUGGUGAAUGAGAUCUCGUCGUCUUCGUUGACCGGAUCGUUUGGAGGGAAUGUCGCGGUGACUGUUAGAGAUUCGCGUGAACGCGAGCGUAAAGAUCUCUCAAAUCUCAACGAUCGCUUGGCUAGCUACAUUGAGAAGGUUCGCUUCCUUGAGGCUCAAAACCGAAAACUUGAAACAGAUCUCGAUUUGUUGAGGGGAAAACGGGGAAAAGACUCGACUUCGAUCCAGAACAUGUAUGAUUUGGAGAUCAAAGAGGCUAAGAAACUUGUUGAUGAAACCGAUCGUCAACAACAAGCCCUCGAAAAGGAGAUCCAGGGACUCAAGAAUGAAGUGGACAAAUACAAACAUCUUUACAAGGAUGCUCUCCUCCAAAAAGCUGAGAAAUUUGACGAUUUGUUGGACAAGUUGUGCAAAAUCGAGGCUGACAUCUCGUUCUUGAAGCGAAAAAUCACCGCUGCUGAAGAGGAGGUGGCAAGGUUGAGAAAAGAGAAACAGGGAUUGAUUGAUGAUCUUCAAAAAGCUCGUCAAGACCUCGACCAAGAGACUCUUAACCGUAUCGACUUCCAAAAUCAAGUGCAAACCCUGCUUGAGGAGAUCGAUUUCAUGAAGAGAGUUAACGAUUCGGAAAUUAAGGAUUUGCAGCUGAUGGCUUCGCGUGACACGACCAUCGAAAACCGUGAAUACUUCAAGAACGAGCUCUCGGCUGCGAUGAGAGACAUCCGUCAAGAGUACGAUCAACGCAUGCAAGUCAACCGUACCGAUAUGGAAUCUUGGUACAGAAUGAAAGUGCAAGAGAUCUCCACCUCGUCGGCUAGAGUCAAUGUUGAGCAGGGAUACGCUAAAGAGGAGGUGAAACGCCUUCGCAAUUUCGUCAGCGAAAUUCGCGGAAAAGUGGCUGAUUUGGAGAACAGAAACUCGUUGUUGGAGAGACAAAUCAAGGAACAUAGUGAUGAACAUAAAGACAAUAAGAAAUCUCUGACGCAAAUCCAAGAGGAAAAUAAAGGGCAAGUGGAGCAAUUGCAAGGAGAAAUAGAUCAUCUCAUUGAGGAGAAAAAUCGUGUGAUGGCUAAGAAAACGACUUUGGAUGCGGAGAUUGCCAAGUAUCGAUUGAUGUUGGAAGAGGAAGAGAAACGCUCAAACCAACACCAAAUCGAACAAUUGCGUCGAAGCAACCAGAACCAAAGUGCCAAGGCAGCCCACCAAGAAGAGUCGGUGUCUCGCAGCUCCUACCAGCGAUCAGCCAAAGGAAAUGUCUCUAUUCAGGAAGCUGCCGCCGAUGGUACUUGCAUCAUCCUGGAAAACACCCAUCGAUCGAAAGAAGAAGACAUUAGUGGAUGGAAGUUGAAGAGAAAGAUUGACGCAAAGAAGGAAAUCGUCUUCACUUUCCCCCAGAAAUUCGUCCUGAAACCCCUGAAAACCGUCAAAAUUCUUGGCAAGAACCAGGGAGCCGCCAAUGGAAUCGAUGUGCUCGUGCAUCAAGGCGAUGAAUCGUUUGGUGUUGGGCACAAUGUGGAAACAAUUCUUCACAAUGCUGCUGGAGAGGAACGUGCCACUCUCAUCUACCGUGCUCAUCUCAAC